UGCCACGGCUGUAUGCUGCGGGCAUGCGUUUUUGAACGAUUUAGGUCCGGGUGAUCGCGUCACGGAUGGCUCAUGGAUCUUGGGAACGGAUGACGUCUGGGCGGGCGUAAUCGCGGUGUGCCCACGGAUGCUCUGGGGAACGGAUGAAGAGCGGGUGGGCAUUGUCAUGGUUGGCGCAUGGAUGCUCUGCGGAACGGUUGACGUCUGGGUGAACGUUAUGCUUGGUGGGUUGGCCCACGGAUGCUCUCAAAAACGGACGGUGUCUGGGUGGGCACUAGAGGAACGGACGAGGUUUGCCUGGAUGCUAAUUAUCAGGGCUGGCCCAGGGAAGCUCUGGGACACGGAUGACGUUUGCGUGGACGUUUUCAUGCUUGAUUCACGGAUGCUCUGGGGAACGGAUGAAAUCAGGCUGGAUGCGCACUCAAUUGUCAGGCUCAGCCCGCGGAUGCUCGGGGCAACGGAAGAGGUCCAGGUGGACAUUAUCACGGUAACUCUCAUGCUUGGAAGCUCUUGGGAACGGAUGAGGUCUGCUCAUGCUUGGCCCAUUGUUGCCCUGCAGAAGGGAUGGGAUCUGGGUGGGCGUUGUCAUGGUUUGCCCAUGCAUGUACCUAAGCACGUAAGAAACUAUCAGGUUUCUUUAUGUGCCUGCUUCCUCCUAGAAGCUUACGAGAAGGGUUGA